AUGGAAGCAGAAUCUAACACACCAAAGAGAGAACUUUCACCGUUUACUCAAUUCUGCCUGACUAAUCUUUCUCCAAUUGACGACUACAUCUCAUUUUAUCCUAUUACAACAAAUACUCUUAAGCUAAAUAAGCUAUAUUCUUUUCCCCAAAAACGAGCUCUAAGCUCACUAACCCCAAAGUGCGCAUGCAAAAGAUCAGGUUUUUCUAUUUUUUUCGAUUUUUCAUUUAUUUUUAUUUUAAUUUAAAUAAUUUUUUUUAAUAUUUUAAUAGCCAUAGAUCACAAUGCCUCAAAAUGUAUUGUGAAUGCUUUGCUGCCAAUUCCCUUUGUGCAGAUUGUGACUGCAUUGGCUGUAGCAACAUUCCAAUUGAAGAUGAAACCAAGCUUAUUUCUCACGAAAAACUCAAAAUCGUCAAUGUAAAACACCAGCGAGGUUGCAGCUGUAAAAGAUCAAAUUGCCGGAAAAAAUAUUGUGAGUGUUACCAAAAAAACCUUUACUGCAAGCAUUUUUGUAAAUGCUUGAGCUGUGAAAAUAUGUAA